GCCCCGCCCCGCCCGGCGGACGGUGGCCGACAGGUUGCGCGGCCGCCGGCGCGCAGAGCGAUGCAGCUGCCACCCGCGCUGCGCUCCCGUCUGCUGGGGGCACCCGGGGCGGCUAAGCCGCUGCCUGUGGAGCGGGACCCCGCGGCCGGGGCCCCGCCCUUCCACUUCGCGGCGCGGCGGGUGCGCUUCCCGCGGGACCACGAGUUCUUCGAGGACGGGGAUGUGCAGCGACACCUCUACCUCCAGGACGUGCUCACGCAGGUGACAGAGUCGCCCGAGAGGCCCAGGGUGCCCGAGUUCACCUGCCAGGCGGCGGGGUGCUGCCAGGUGUUCGACUCGCUGGAGAACUACGAGCACCACUACCACACCCUGCACAGAAACGUCUGCUCCUUCUGCGGACGGGCCUUCCCGUCCGUCCACCUGCUGGACGUCCACAUCCUGGAGUGGCACGACUCGCUGUUCCAGAUCCUGUCGGAGCGGCAGGACAUGUACCAGUGCCUGGUGGAGGGCUGCGCGGAGAGGUUCCGGAGCGGCGGAGACCGGAAGGAGCACCUGGUGCGGCGGCACCUGUACCCCGCGGACUUCCGGUUCGACCGGCCGAAGAGGAGCGGAGGCCCAGCCACGCCCGGGGCCGCCGUCCAGGACUCGGCCGAAGCUCUGGGGGAGGGCGAGGAGCAGUCCGGAGGGGACGCCAUGGAAGUCUGCCCCGAGCGCGCAGCCCCCCGCCCCGAACCUGUGGGCCAGCGGCGGACGUCCAGCCACAGAAUACCUUCUACCAUCUGUUUCGGUCAAGGUGCGUCACGAGGAUUUAAAAGCACCAAGAAAAGAAAGGAACACCAGUGACAAUAUGGACAGAGCCACAAGCCUCCCAGCAGACCCCGGGGCGCAGCUGCCUUUGGCAGGAUGCAGUGUCCGUGGUGCGGCUUCUCUUGCCUUCUGGUGCGGCCACACUAGAACUUGGGCCUUUGCGACCCUUGAUGCCAGUCCCUUGAUGGACCAUCGUGUGACCGCAGAAGCACAGACAGGCCCACCGUUUCCAGAAGUGGCCCCAACACGUGGUCUGGGGAAUGAAAUGGGGGCCACCAUCCUGCUUCCCUCUGCAGGGCUGGGAUGCUGAGCUUUGUAAACUCGUAAACCCUUGCCUCUGGCAGUCUCCGGUCGUCACCUGUGCAUUGUUGGGCUGGGGACAGGGAGAGCUGCCCGAGGCUGAUCUGUUCUGUGUGCUCCAUCUCAGGAAGAUUUACGAAGUGGCAGACCCCCGGGGGUGAGGGCAGCACGUGGCACUGAGUUGCUGAUGGUUGUGGCUUGGCGAGAGGCUCCUGGGUCACCCAUCCACCACAUCCGUGAUGGGACCUGAUGGGUCUGGUGAGAACCAGGGACAGCUUGUGUGCCUCAGCAGGGUCGCCUGGUGCCGCAGAGGGCAGUGCAGCCGGGGUGGUUUCUCCAAGGAAAGACUGUGAUGGUGCACAGGAGGGAGGGGGCUUUGGCCGGAGCUCCAGUGCCUGGCCAGUCGUGCCCGGCAGCAACGGGGCAGAGUUGUUGCACGCUCUCACAGAUGAGCUAAGGUCGCCAUUGGGAAAGUGGCUCUGGAAGCACCCAAACAGAAGCAGCGGCAUCCGUCGGGGCUCUCAGGGCCUGGCUGAGUGGGGGCCCAACAGCGGGGUCUCUCUCCACGGCCCCGUCCCCAUCGUGCGUGCACCUGGGGCACGCCUGGGCUGGCGGCUGGCUGGCUCCGGGUCAGCAGCAGGAGGGUGGGGCUCCAGCCUGUCCUUUCCAGGCUCUGGGCUUGGCCAGAGGCAGCUGGUGGCCAUCUGUGGCUCUCCUGGCCUGGAGGCUGCUGCCCCAGCUCCUGCUGAGCCACACCCGUCGCUCUCCGGAGUCUGGGGCAAAGGGACUGUCAGGGCUGGCAUGUCACACCAGAUGUUCACGCAGUAAAAGCUCUAACUUAAGGGAAAAGUCCAAAACCUAAAGCACAGGUCCUGGAACAUCAGCAAGAGACCUAGUGUACACUUCGUGGGUUGGGGGGUGGCGGUGUCCAGCCGUGGCUAGGGGCGAUGUGGCAGGGCUGCCCCAGAGUCCCUUCUUUGGCUCUUGAAAAGCACAACAUGG